ACAUUGGGUUAGCUAAUAGUUAAUUUUACUAAAUGUGAUUAAUUUUACUUUUGGCACUGUGACUUCAAUUGAAUCAAUUUCUUUUCUGGUUGCUCCCUUCACUGUUAGAGGGCAUUUAAAAAUAUUUGCUAAAAAUGUCAGAUGAGAGCACAAAUAUCAAAACAAUACUAUUUGUAUUUAAAGACAUUCUGGGGAACUCCCAGAGUAGGAGGAGGAUGUGUUUUAGACCUGUUGGUAAAGUCUAUUGUCUGGUGCACAGUAUCUAAGUGGGUUUCUAACUUUAGAAUAAGACUCACACCAUGUCAGAGCUGGAAGGGGCCUGAGACAUCACCACAUGCAAGUUCUGACCGGGAGCACACGGAGAAGAGAGACAAAGUCAAGUUCAGAUAUCACCAUGACGCUAUUUCCAUAGGAAAUGAAAUUGUAUUUCCACCUGGGCGGCCUAGGAACACACCUGCACUGUGCCCACCCUGGAAAUGUGGCCUGGCUGCCCCUCCCCCCACAGCUGUACUGAGCAGCUGUGAUUCCAUCGCUCCAAAUGGCAAUGACUGCUCCCAGGCCAAAUGCCAGGAGAAACUCGGGCUGCGGUGGGUUCUAGAGGAACCUCAGAAAUGGAACUUCAAAGUCCCUGGGAUCUGGUGGCUGGAGGGCAGGACAAGACCCAGCAACGGGGAGAGACUCGGAACCGGUGUAGACACCUGGAGACUAAGGAGUCUUCUGGAAUGGGGAGCAACAGUGGGGAGACCAGAGAAGUAGCAGAGAUGAUUUUGAGAACCUAUGAGGAAACCAUUCCUACAGUUCAAGAAAAACAAGGAAGUAUUUCUUCCUUAGAAAGAAGACCUCAGAGAGUAGCAGCUCACAUAACAGGGACCACUCGGAGAAGCAGCACAUUCUUAGAUCCAGGCUCCAAGAGUGAAAAGGCUUUGGGCCAGAAAAUAAAAUCCUGGGAGUCAUCAAGGAAAGGACAUUCAUUCCUAAGAAAUUUUCACUUGAGGAAUGGAGAACUGGUCAUCCAUCAAACAGGGCUUUAUUACAUCUAUUCCCAAACAUACUUUCGAUUUCAGGAAAUUGAAGAAACUUCAGGAGCAAUUUCAAAAGAGACCAGAAAGAAAAGCAAACAGUUGGUACAGUAUAUUUACAAAUGCACAGACUAUCCUGACCCUAUAUUGCUGAUGAAAAGUGCCAGAAAUAGCUGUUGGUCCAAAGAUUCUGAGUAUGGACUCUACUCCAUCUAUCAAGGGGGGAUGUACGAACUUAAGGAAAAUGACCGAAUUUUUGUCUCUGUAACUAAUGAGCACUUGAUUGACUUGGACCAAGAAGCCAGUUUUUUCGGGGCCUUUUUGAUUGAUUAAUGAUCUGCAGAGGAGCAUUGUGUGAGCCCAGGAGUUGAAGACCAUCCUGGGAAAUUUAGCAAGACUUCAUCUCUUAAAAGAAAGGUUCAUGAGGCAGCCUCUGAACCAGUGUCCUCUUGGAACAGAUGGAAGCUUGGCUCAGUCACAAAUGUUCACUUUGGCUUCUCUGGUGUGGGGAGACUCAAAAGGAUUAUACCCAGGGCCACGGAGGAAUCACGACCCUGCUGACACCUUGAUUUCAAAUUUCUAGCCUACAGAGUUCUGAGACCAGAAGAGAACCAAUUCCUGUUGCUGAAAGCCACCCAGAUUGAGACACCAUGUUCCAGCAGUUCUAGGAAGCCAACACAGCCUUUCAUACCUUGCUCAAGAAGUCUUGUCCACUGACAAUCAUACAGAUAUAUGUAUAUGUACAUAUAUGUAUAUAUACAUGUACACAUGCAUAUAUGUAUAUUACAUAUAUGUACACAUGUAUAUAUACCUGUAUAUAUGUACACACACACACACACACACACACACA